GACUCCGCUCCGGAAAGAAGACAGCAGCUCGUCGACCUUCGUCUCGGUGUCGUUCUCCUGUCGUCUCUUAAGUUCCCGGUCGUCUCCGGUUCUCUGCUCGCUCCGACAUGGCCAGUCAGUCUCAGGGGAUCCAGCAGCUGCUGCAGGCGGAGAAGAGGGCCGCGGAGAAGGUGGCCGAGGCCCGCAAACGUAAGAACCGUCGUCUGAAGCAGGCGAAGGAAGAAGCUCAAGCUGAGAUCGAACAGUAUCGACUUCAGAGAGAAAAAGAGUUCAAGACCAAAGAAGCUGCUGCCCUGGGUUCCCAUGGCAACAGCGCAGUGGAGGUGGACCGUGACACGGUGGAGCGGAUGAGCUGCAUCCAGGCCAGUUACCGCGGCAACCGGGAGGCGGUGCUGGUCGAGCUGCUGCGCCGCGUGUGCGACAUCCAGCCGGAGUUCCACAUCAACUACCGCGUGGCGGGCUAAGGGGGGCGGGGCCGCGGAGGAAGGGGCGGUGCCUCAAGAGCAGCUUGGGCGGAGCAACCGGAGGAGACCGUAACGUCAGCGACGUUAGAGACGUUAGCUUCAAUCACAGACGAAACACUCGAAACUAAUUCAUAUAAAAUUUCCGCCAAAGCAUAACGUUUUAUUUUGGCGGGUUGGCUCCUCCCGGUUUCCUUCAUAAAUGUUGUUGCUGUAUUGAUGUUUACCACAUGUAUUUAUAUUUAAAUCUAACAAGAUGACAUUCUUCCUUUAGUUUCUCCGUGAGGUCUGAAAAUAUAUGAGAUCAUAUUAAUAUAAAUUAUUAUCAAUAGCAUCAGCCUCUGUUCUCAGCCCUGAUUGGCCGGAGAAAGCUGAAGGCUUUUAUUGUGAAACUCCUGCAUUUCCAGUUAUAUUGGUUGUUUACUGUGUGUGACCAUAUGACUUCCUGUUAUUUUGGUGACUUCCUGUUGAUGUUUGUGAAGGUUGAGAAAAUAUUAAACUGAAUGUUGAUUGGCUGAAACUCUGAA